CUCCCGGCCUCCGGGGCAAUCGGGAAUAAACCCUCGACUCCUCGAGGAUGCCCUCUCCUCCAAGAAAUAAAUUAGAAAAGAAAAACGAAAAGAAAACUCCCGAGCAAAAAAAAGCACACGCGUUGCGCAAAAGGGGAAACAGGGGAUCUCCACCUCUGCCGCCGACCCGUGGGAAGAGAGGAGCGUGCGACGGCACGCAGACGCAUCUAGUCUCCCGCCGCCUCUACUGUCCUCGCCAUCGCCAGCACCCCAAGGCUCGGUACGAUUCGGCUGCGUGCCCGCGCGUCGGCACUGCACCGCGGCGCGCAGGCGGACCGUGCUGGGGUUUUGGUGGGGUGUAGGGAGGGGCGUCCUGCGCUCUGCGGCGGCUUGAUCCUGUGAAGGCGGCGGCAGCAGCAGCAGGCUUCUCCGAUGCAGCGGCUAGUGGGGGUGGGCGAGAGGCUAUUGGCAAUCGGAACAAAUAGGCGGGCGGCCACUUAUUCCCAUUCGAGCCACAGAAGUGGGUACUACACAGCAGUGAGGGACAAUGGCUUGUCAACAAGGCGUAAGAUUCCAGCCAUCUUAUCUAGAAUGUUCUCACAUUACAAAGUCAUUAGCAGAAAGAACAGAGCUGAGGAUCACAAGUGUAGAACCAGGAUGUCAAGAGGCUACCACACACUCUCUGUGUCAGUGACGAAUUCAUCUGCAACCCAGCAAGCACAUUUGGCAUGGAAGCAGCUUGGUCAUAUGUACACAUAUAGAGGUCCACGGUUCCCACUGCUGGGCCGAGCAGCUUGUGCUGUAAGCCUGUCCUUCACGAGGUUCCAUAUAAUCCCUGGGGUCAUGGCUCUAGCUGUUGGCAAGAUGGCGCUUGCACCUCCUGUCCUUGCAGACUCGCGACCCUUCAUUCCAAGAAUGGAUGGCAUCAUCACAAAGGCACAAGAUACUCGCCAAUUUCUGUCAUCUCUUGUUUGCUCAAUCUGGGAGGGCAUCACUUUGCUUGUUAGAGCUGUGCAUUUGGCAUUCCUAUUCUUCCCUGCAACUGCAUUAGCUCCAUUUGCUGACAAGUUUAGUAUUGCAUUCAGGAGAAGGUGGCUUAGUCUUAUGCGCCGGACCCUUGAAAAGGCUGGGCCAGCAUUCAUUAAGUGGGGCCAGUGGGCUGCAACACGCCCUGAUCUUUUUCCAAGUGAUCUCUGUGUAGAGCUUGCAAAGCUCCAUAGUGCUGCUCCAGCGCAUGGCUUUGCUUACAGCAAGGCUGCCAUUGAGAAGGCAUUCGGUCGUCAGCUUUCUGAAAUAUUUGAGUCCUUUGAGGAGAACCCUGUAGCUUCUGGAAGCAUUGCACAAAUACAUCGAGCCACACUAAAACAUCAACAUCCUGGAAAGCAUGUUGCAGUUAAGGUGAGGCAUCCUAAUGUUGGAGAAUCAAUCAAGAGAGACUUUCUACUCAUUAAUCUUGUGGCAAAGGCUUCUGAUAUGGUCCCUGGAUUAAGCUGGCUGAGGCUGGAUGAGAGUGUUCGCCAGUUCGCAGUAUUCAUGAUGUCUCAAGUUGAUCUUUCUAGGGAAGCUGCUCAUUUGAGUCGUUUUAUCUACAACUUCCGCAGAUGGAGACAUGUGUCUUUCCCUAAGCCCUUAUAUCCAUUUGUGCAUCCAUCUGUCCUAGUUGAGACUUUUGAGAAUGGAGAAAGUGUUUCUCGUUUUAUGGAAGAAAUCGAAGGGAAUGCUCGGAUGAAGAAAGACCUUGCACACAUUGGGACAUAUGCUUUCCUGAAGAUGCUUCUGGAGGACAAUUUUAUUCAUGCGGAUAUGCACCCUGGCAACAUUCUUGUUCGUUUAAAUGAGAACAAGCUUGCAAGGAGACGUUUUUUCAGAGCUAAGCCCCAUAUUGUGUUCCUUGACGUGGGCAUGACUGCUGAGCUCACACGAUCUGACCGGGAUAACUUACAACAGUUCUUCAAGGCGGUGGCUACUAGAGAUGGCCGUACUGCUGCCAAGUGUACCCUUCAGUUAUCAAAGAAUCAGAGCUGUCCAAAUCCAGUGGCCUUCACCGAGGAGCUAGACAAGACGUUUACAUUUUGGGGAACACCUGAAGGGGAUGUUUUUCAUCCUGUUGAAUGCAUGCAUGAGUUGCUUGAUACAGUUCGGCGCCACAAAGUCAACAUUGAUGGCAACAUAUGUACUGUAAUGGUUACCAUUUUGGUCCUUGAGGGGUGGCAACGCAAGCUGGACCCAGGCUUUGAUAUCAUGCAAACGUUGAAGACUUUACUGCUAGAGAAGGACAUAAAGCAACCAAUUGAUUUUUUCUCAUAAACAAACCUGUCAGAAAAAUAUAUUGCUGCAGGGAAUGAUAUCGCAGCUGAUUACGCCAAACUUGUUUUGAGUUGUGAUUCCUAUGCAUAAAACUUCUCGUCACACGGUUCUAAAUUUGGAGUUCCUCUGGAACAAAUUUCUAAAGUUGGGUUACUCUGAUUGUGAGAGAUGACAAACGAUCCCAUAAGAAGAAACCAUCUUGUUAGCUUUGUUGCUCGUCAAGGCUGGUUUUCAGAGGCUGGUCUCGUCACCUUAGGGCUUGUUCGGUUUCAUCAAAAUCCAUAUGGAUUAGAGGGGAUUAUGGAUUAGAGGGGAUUGGGUGGGUUUCAAUCCACAACAAGUCAAAAUUCUUCAUAAUUUUUUCCAAUCCAUGUGACAUAGAAAUAACCGAACAAGGCCUUAUGUAGUUUGGUUGUGGCACAAUAUAACAAAAAGUCAGAUAUUUUGCUGGUCACUUCUAAGAUUUCUUACAUUACAUCCCAACAACUCGUAUCAUAUGCAUUCUGUACCGUCUUUAGAUACCCACUUGUACAUGGUGCGAUGGAGCUAGCUAGUUUUUUUUUUUUUUGCUUCUUAUGUUCUUUGUUAGUGUUAGAUUACCCGUUUAGGGUUUGGGGUUUUCCCCGUGUAAUUACUCUUUUACCCCUCUGUAAUGGGCCAAGCCCAGUUACUUAAGGCUAUUAAUAUAGCACCCAACCCUUGCUAGGGUUUUCCAAUA